AUGAGUGAUUGGCCACGUUUGGCCGACCGACAAUGGGUAGAAGAAACGAAUAAACGAGUACAAGCCCAGGAAUGUCAUCGUGCUGCCUUAGCAAGCGCAGAGUCUUCAGACGAAAAUGCACUUCAUUCUCUCGACUCAACUCUUAAGAAAACGACGGCGUUCAUGAAAAAGUUGAAAUCGCUGUCAGCACCAAGUGUUCCAUCUCUAAUUGAGGACCUCUCUCGACUGAAUCUCUCGAAAUUUGUCGAGGAAAUGGCCGCCGGCAUUGCCGAGACAAAGCUAAAACCGUCAGAUGUUAUUCCCAUCGUGGAUCUCUGCGUCGCGAUUGCGUCCCGUUACUCAAAAUUUCCGGAAUUGCUACUAACUGAGAUCAGAAAAGGUUUGCCACUCAAACGAACGGAUAAGAUCGCGAAUCCGGGGAAGCUUCGAAUAGAUGUUCGAUUACUUUGCGAGUUGAUUCUUUGCGGUGUUGUUGGAAAAGAAGGUCUCCAGACGUUAGGAGCUACACUGUCGUUUAUCUGUUUAACAGAUAAAGGGGAGCACUCAAACGUUGGUUUGCUUUGUUCAUUAUGUCGACCAGUUGGAUGGCAAAUCGCAGGAAUUGUUCCUACACCUGAGAGUUCAGAUACCAUUUCUAUUGAACAAGAUGCGUUGGCGGUAAAUGAUGCUAUUAGUGGGGAUCACCGAAAAGUUGUACACGACUUGUUCACAAAUUAUCACAUUGGCAUGUUGCGACACCUCGAGAAAGCUUGUGCUACAAUGAAUGUUGUGCAGAAAAGAGUGAAACGUCAGGAAAGAACGAGAGGAGAUGCAACAAGUGAAGAUAAAGCAGAGCUUGAGACUGCUAAAACAGAGUUUGAGCGUUUAAAAACACUUGCCACUGAAUUGAGCAACUCUCUUGGAGUGCCGAUGGUUGAACUGAAAGAAGAACCCAGCGACAACGAAGAAGACGAAGCGGCAGCCAUGGAGAUGGACAAGGCUCUAGCAGAAGGACAUGUUUCGCUGUGGCCUGACGAUGAAACACGAUUAUUCUACGAGAAUCUUAUUGAUAUUAGGAACAUCGUGCCAAGAAGUUUGUACAAAGAAUCGGAAGAGAGGACCAUCCAAGAAAACGACUUGAAAACGUCUGUUGACGAUAUUGACGUCGACGGACUUGAGGGAGAUGAUCGUGAUGUGGAAGCGGAAGCAGGAUCCGAAAAUGUGGAAGAACCUUAUCGACCGAAAACGCCACCCUCUCCCUCUUCGUCGGUUCAACUUAACGAAGAGCUGUCAGCGGUAGCUGAUCCAACUUUGAUUACUUCAGAAGAAAUGAAACAAUUAGCCCAGAAGUUCUUUUUGAAUUUGGAUCAUCUCGUUAAUAGAGAUACGACAGAUCAAUGUGCUCUUGACUUUGUAUCAAAUCUUAACUUGAAAAGCUAUAGGAAGAAACUUGUGAAAGUGCUAUUCGCAGUGCCUUCAUCACGAUUGGAUCUGUUACCAUUCUACGCGCGCCUUGUUGCUUCUCUCUCACCUGUGAUGCCAGAUCUCACCACUGAGUUGUCGAGUAUGCUAAUAAAACAGUUCAGGGAGUAUGUCCAGCGAAGCGGCCAAGACAGAGUGGAGGAGAAAAUCAAAUGUGUGAUGUUCAUAGCUGAACUGGUGAAAUUUGGUGUUAUUCCUCGUGCCGAAGCGCUUUCGUGUCUUCGUCAAUUGGUUUAUGAUUUCCGAGGGCAUUCCAUCGAUAUGGUGUGUGCAAUGAUCGAAACUGCAGGUUUUUAUCUCUACAGGAAUACCGACAGUCAUCCCAAGAUGAAAAUCAUCUUGGAUGUGGUACAGAAGAAGAAAGAGCGAAUAAAGGAUGUGCGACAUACAAUGCUGAUUGAUAAUGCUUUCUUCGCCUGUAUCCCACCAGCCGACUCAGCUGCCGCCAGAAGAGCUCAAGCUGAACCACCGCUGAUGAUAUUCAUUCGACAUCUUGUUGUUGACAUUGAUGAACACAACGUCAAUGCAAAUAUCAAAUGCAUCAGAAGGCUUGCAUGGGAUGACGUGACGGUUUCUGGGUGGUGCCUUAAAUACCUCACAUCUCCUUGGCUCUUACCCUAUGCGAAUCUGCUCCAUCUUGCGAGUGCUGUUGCUGGACUCCAAGGACUCACCCAUUAUGAUUGGAUAUCAACUUAUGUGAUAGAUGCUUGUCAAGAAAUGAUAAGAAUAUCGCUUGAAGUACCAGGAAUAUUCAAUCAGAAAGCAAUUGCAACUGCCUGCUAUUUAGGAGAAUUAUACAAUUAUAGCGUUUGCGACACCCCGGUAAUAUAUAAGGUACUCUAUCAAAUUAUCUCUUUCCCCGAAACGGAUCCAUUGUCAUGGCAGGAGUUCUAUCGUGUCAGGAUGGUAUGUGAACUUCUGAAUACCAUAGCAGAUUUCUUCCAAACGGGACGUGCUCGACGAAAAAUGGACUACUUCCUCACAUACUUCCAUCGGUUUUACUGGAUGAAGCGGGAACAGUGGAAAGUGAAUGCGGCUGCCAGUGAACCAUUAGCAGCGAUAGAUGAAGGAGGAGAUUCAGCGACCGUUGAACCACCGAGAUUUCCUGCUGAUGUAGAAGCGGAGUACAGGGAAUGUAUGAGGCAUUUACGCAAGAGUGCGCCACUUCCUAAGGAUUUAACUGAGGCGGAGAAAGCUGUAGAACAGAUGGAACAGCAAUUGAAAGAGAAGGUUUUGCUGGCUAGCGGUAGUGCCGAUGAAGAGGAAGAGGAAGAAGACGAAAGAAGAGCUCCGGACCGUGGAUUGCAUCAGAUAGCAGAGGAGGACGAGGAGUACGGUAGCGAUAGUGAGAGGACAGCGGCCGUAAUUGCAGACGACGAUGCAGACGAGAAAGUAUGUGUACAUGUGGAGAAACCGACGAUCCAACCGGAAGACGAAGAAUUUAUGCGACAAUUGGAUAGAAUGCUUGCCGAACAGGCUAAGAUGACACCUCAACAAGCGGUCGUAGCGAAUCCCUCAGUGGACAUGACGGUGCCGCCAGCGGUUCGAAAUCGAUUCCAACGACAAAUCUGUUUUGAAGACUCUCCCGGUGGAUCUAAGAACGUUGAAAAUGCGAAACCUUCGAUGAAAGUAUCAUUAAUGGCAAGAGGAAAAGGAAAUAAGUCAGUGCUGAAGACGGUAUCGAUCGAAGAGUCAGCGUUACAUGAAGCAUGGAAAAAGGAGCGAGAACGUGAGGAUCUGGAGCGAGCCGAUAUUAAACGAGUCACCUUAGGCCAUACGGCACGUAUAUUUGCCGAAGAGGAACAGGAAAUGCGUCAACAAAUCUACUCACAUAGCCGAUUCAAUUAG